CCACUUGGACGGCGCUCAGCCCGUGCGCACAGCGGCGGUCGACCGACAAGCGGUGGUCGCCGAGCGUUGCCCAGCCGGCCUUUUUGCUUGCGCGCAGCGCACACGUGGCAGUCUCUGCUUGCCUCGCUGCGCCUUCCAGAGAGAGCAACGCCAGAAAGAAGGGCCGUCGGCACCAUGGGCAAAGGGACUGGACGUGACAAGUAUGAGCCUGCAGCUACAUCUGAGCAUGGAGCCAAGAAGCAAAAGGGGAAGAAAGAUAGGGAUAUGGACGAACUGAAAAAAGAAGUUUCACUGGAUGACCACAAACUCAGCCUUGAUGAGCUUCAUCGAAAAUACGGAACGGAUCUCAGCCGGGGUCUGACUCCUGCACGGGCUGCAGAGAUACUGGCUCGUGAUGGCCCCAAUACUCUCACCCCUCCUCCCACGACCCCAGAAUGGGUGAAAUUCUGCAGGCAACUCUUUGGAGGCUUCUCCCUGUUGCUGUGGAUAGGAGCGAUUCUUUGUUUUCUGGCAUACGGUAUUCAAGCUGCAACUGAAGAGGAGCCAAAUAAUGAUAAUCUGUAUCUGGGUGUUGUGUUGGCUGCUGUUGUCAUCAUAACCGGUUGCUUCUCAUACUACCAAGAAGCAAAGAGUUCAAAAAUCAUGGAGUCCUUCAAGAACAUGGUGCCUCAGCAAGCUCUGGUGAUCCGAAAUGGGGAGAAGUUGAGCAUCAAUGCUGAAGGGGUGGUUGUUGGAGACCUAGUGGAAGUGAAGGGAGGAGACAGAAUCCCAGCAGACCUGAGGAUCAUUUCAGCCCACGGCUGUAAGGUGGAUAACUCUUCUCUCACGGGUGAAUCAGAACCUCAGACGAGGUCUCCAGACUUCACGAAUGAAAACCCACUGGAGACCAGAAAUAUCGCUUUCUUCUCUACCAACUGUGUUGAAGGUACUGCACGUGGUGUAGUCAUUAAUACUGGUGACCGUACUGUGAUGGGCCGUAUUGCUUCAUUGGCAUCUGGACUGGAAGGGGGACAGACACCCAUUUCUAUAGAGAUCGAGCAUUUUAUCCACAUAAUUACUGGUGUGGCUGUGUUCCUUGGCGUCUCCUUCUUCAUCCUUUCCCUGAUCCUGGAGUACACGUGGCUGGAGGCUGUUAUCUUUCUUAUUGGCAUCAUUGUGGCCAACGUCCCUGAGGGUCUGCUUGCUACAGUCACAGUAUGUCUGACCCUAACAGCCAAGCGCAUGGCUCGCAAAAAUUGUCUCGUGAAGAACUUGGAAGCGGUAGAAACCCUAGGCUCCACCUCUACAAUCUGCUCUGACAAAACAGGCACCCUGACUCAGAACCGCAUGACGGUUGCUCACAUGUGGUUUGACAACCAGAUCCAUGAAGCUGACACUACAGAAAACCAGAGCGGUGCCUCUUUUGACAAGACAUCUCCCACAUGGGCUGCUUUAGCCAGAGUCGCAGGACUUUGCAACCGGGCAGUGUUUCAGGCUAACCAAGAAAAUGUUCCCAUUCUGAAGAGGGCAGUGGCAGGUGAUGCCUCUGAAUCAGCACUCCUGAAAUGCAUUGAACUCUGCUGUGGAUCUGUCAAGGACCUGAGGGAGAAGAACCCCAAGGUGGUGGAGAUACCAUUCAACUCUACCAACAAAUACCAACUGUCAAUCCACAAGAAUGCAAACCCAGCAGAAUCACGGUACCUGCUUGUGAUGAAAGGAGCCCCAGAGAGAAUCCUAGACCGCUGCAGCACCAUCCUGAUCCACGGAAAAGAGCAACCCUUAGACGAAGAGGCCAGAGAAGCAUUUCAGAAUGCCUACCUUGAAUUAGGUGGCCUGGGAGAGAGAGUACUGGGCUUUUGCCACUUGGCCCUGCCAGACGAACAUUUCCCCGAAGGCUUCCAGUUUGAUACAGAUGAUGUAAACUUCCCAGUGGACAAGCUCUGUUUUGUUGGAUUGAUUUCUAUGAUUGACCCUCCUCGUGCUGCUGUGCCUGAUGCUGUUGGCAAAUGCAGAAGUGCUGGAAUAAAGGUUAUUAUGGUGACGGGAGACCAUCCCAUCACGGCUAAAGCCAUUGCCAAAGGAGUUGGCAUCAUUUCUGAGGGCAACGAGACUGUGGAAGAUAUUGCUCUUCGCCUUAACAUUCCUGUCAACCAGGUCAACCCCAGGGAUGCAAAAGCAUGUGUGAUUCAUGGCUCUGACUUGAAGGACAUGAGCAGUGAGCAGCUAGACGAUAUCCUGAAGCAUCAUACAGAAAUAGUCUUUGCCAGAACUUCUCCUCAGCAGAAGCUUAUCAUUGUGGAAGGCUGCCAACGGCAGGGUGCUAUUGUAGCUGUCACAGGUGAUGGUGUGAAUGAUUCUCCUGCUCUGAAGAAGGCAGACAUUGGGGUUGCUAUGGGUAUUGCUGGGUCAGAUGUCUCCAAACAAGCAGCUGACAUGAUUCUGCUGGAUGACAACUUUGCCUCUAUUGUUACUGGGGUUGAAGAGGGUCGUCUGAUUUUUGAUAACCUGAAGAAAUCAAUUGCUUAUACCUUGACCAGUAACAUCCCUGAGAUCACACCUUUCCUCAUCUUUAUAAUUGCCAACAUCCCUCUACCACUUGGGACAGUCACCAUCUUGUGCAUCGACUUGGGCACUGACAUGGUUCCUGCCAUCUCUCUGGCAUAUGAGCAAGCAGAAAGUGACAUCAUGAAGCGACAGCCCAGGAAUCCCAAGACAGACAAACUCGUAAAUGAAAGGCUAAUCAGCAUGGCUUAUGGGCAGAUUGGAAUGAUUCAAGCACUGGGAGGCUUCUUCACGUAUUUUGUGAUCCUGGCAGAAAAUGGCUUCUUGCCAUCAUCCUUGUUAGGGAUUAGAGUGGCAUGGGAUGACCGAUGGAUUAAUGAUGUGGAAGACAGUUACGGACAACAGUGGACAUAUGAGCAAAGGAAAAUCGUGGAAUUCACUUGUCACACAUCCUUCUUUGUCAGCAUUGUGGUGGUGCAGUGGGCAGACUUGGUUAUCUGUAAGACCAGAAGGAAUUCUGUCUUUCAGCAAGGAAUGAAGAACAAGAUCCUGAUAUUUGGUCUCUUUGAAGAGACUGCCCUAGCUGCCUUCCUGUCUUACUGCCCUGGAAUGGAUGUUGCCUUGAGGAUGUAUCCUCUCAAGCCGACUUGGUGGUUCUGUGCCUUCCCCUACUCUCUUCUCAUCUUUGUGUAUGAUGAAGUAAGAAAACUCAUUCUUAGACGUAGCCCAGGAGGCUGGGUGGAAAAGGAAACCUACUACUAAACAGUAGUAGUUGGACCAGAUUUGGUUGAACUUUGAAACCUUCUUCACCGUGUGAGCUUCUAGAAUGCAGGAAGACUUUUGAACCCUUUUUAAAAGGAAGUGAAGAAAGCUAGAAGAUCCAUGGAAAGGGAGGGGAGAUGAAAAAAUGGAGUCAUUUUUAAUGUGCCUCUUAGAUUUUUUUGUAAAAAAAACAACAACAGCAUUUUAUAUUUGGACUUUUACAAAUAAAGGUGGAACAGCAAGAGGA